UAGUCCACAGGAGGAGAACAGGCAGCCGGGGCUCAGAGGGGAGCUACUUCCCGAAAGGCCGAGCCGAAACUGUACUCCUUCCCGGCCUGGCGCUUCGGGUAGCGGGCACGGCCAACGCAAAAUGCUUGGCAUGUACGUGCCCGAUCGCUUCUCUUUGAAACCGUCCAAAGUGCAAGAAGGGAUCGGGUUGUACACUGCCAGAAGAAUAAAAAAGGGAGAGAAAUUUGGGCCCUUUGCUGGAGAGAAAAGAAUGCCAAAUGAACUGAAUGAAAGCAUGGAUCCCAGGUUGAUGUGGGAGGUUCGUGGGAGUAAGGGUGAAGUACUGUAUAUUCUGGAUGCCAGUAAUCCACGGCAUUCAAACUGGCUGCGCUUUGUCCAUCAGGCUCCAACACAAGAGCAAAAAAAUCUGGCUGCAAUUCAGGAAGGAGAAAAUAUCUUCUAUUUGGCUGUGGAUGACAUUGAAACAGACAAUGAGUUAUUGAUUGGUUUCCUAGAUAGUGAGAUGGAGGAAAUAGAAGAAAAGGAGGAGGAGGAAGUAGUGAGCAAAGAUGAAGAAAGUUCCAAAGAUUUGCAGCCAUCAGGUGACAAAGAUAUAUUGAAUGAUAAAGAAGGCUAUGCUUGCCCACAGUGUGAGAGCAGUUUCCGAAGCCAGGAAAUCUUGGCUGAACACCUGCAGUCUCUCCACCAGAAGCCCACUGAAGAAAAGGAAUUCAAGUGUAGGAAUUGUGACAAGAAGUUUCCUGUUAAGCAGGCUCUCCAGAGACAUGUUCUACAGUGUACUGAAACUGUUCUUCCUGGCGACAUUGCUCGAAGCCAUCAGUGUUCUGUUUGCAACGUCUCCUUCAGCUCUGAGUCAAGUUUUGAACAGCAUAAGGAAGCCUGCAAAGGGGAUACCAGGUUUGUUUGCAAGGCAGAUAGCUGUGGGAAAAGAUUCAAGAGCAAAGAUGCCUUAAAGAAACACAAGGAGAAUGUGCACACAGAUAUUUUUAAUCAACCUGUUAAGGGACGUUACCUCUGGAGCACGUGGGGCUUGAACCCAACAUUUUGGCCUGGAGGAAACUCUCGGAGGAGACUGAUGUGCUCUGUGUGCAAUAAGAAGUGUUCUUCAGCUGCAACCCUACAGGAACAUAGGAAGAUUCACAAAGUAUUCAAUUGCCAGGAGUGCGACAAAAAAUUCAUAUCUGCAAACCAGUUGAAACGCCAUAUGAUUACCCAUUCAGAGAAACGCCCUUACACCUGUGAGGUCUGCAGUAAAUCUUUCAAACGGCUAGAUCAAGUGACUGCACAUAAAAUUAUCCAUAGUGAGGACAAACCCUACAAAUGCAAACUUUGCGGAAAAGGAUUUGCCCACAGAAAUGUGUAUAAGAACCACAAAAAGCACAAGGACCUGGGGAAGCUCUGCAUAUCGACACACUCGGAAGAAAGACCAUUCCAGUGUGAUGAGUGUAAGGCUUUGUUUCGGACCCCCUUCUCCCUGCAGAGACAUCUACUGAUACACAACAGUGAACGAACUUUCAAAUGUGAUCACUGUGAUGCCACGUUCAAGAGGAAGGACACUUUAAAUGUUCACAUUCAAGUGGUGCAUGAUGGGCACAAGAAAUAUAAGUGUGAUCUAUGUGACAAAGCCUUUGUGACUCCCUCUGUACUAAAGAGUCAUAAAAAGACACAUACUGGCGAGAAAGAGAAGAUUUGCCCUUAUUGUGGCCAGAAAUUUGCUAGCAAUGGAACAUUACGUGUGCACAUUCGAAGCCAUACAGGUGAGCGCCCCUACCAGUGUCCCUACUGUGACAAAGCUUUCAGCAAGAAUGACGGAUUAAAGAUGCAUAUUAGAACGCACACGCGGGAAAAGCCUUACCAGUGCUCAGAAUGUAACAAGGCUUUUAGUCAGAAGAGGGGUCUCGAUGAGCAUAUGAGGACUCAUACAGGAGAAAAACCGUUCCAGUGUGAUGUCUGUGACUUGUCAUUCAGCCUAAAAAAAAUGCUGAUUAGGCACAAAUUGACGCACAACCCAAAUCGGCCAAUGGCAGAAUGCCAGCUCUGUCACAAGAAGUUUACAAGAAAUGACUACCUCAAGGUUCAUAUGGAGAAUGUACACGGAGAGACGGACAGUUGAACCUCUGAUUUUCACAUUCCGUCAGAGAACUUCAAAAUUCCUGGAACUCGGACAAUUUAUUGCUCAGUGCAGCGGUUGACUGCAGAUGUCAGUAUUACUGGAAUACUAUGCCUUCCAGAAAUGUCUGAGUUAUGAAGUAUUAUCCAACAGCUAAUAUGUUUUAGUUUAAUGAAAAUGACAGCAUGGAAGAUGUGCAGAGUUUAAAAUUCCAUCUUUCAAAACAUGUUUAAAUUACAAUUGGUAAUCCACAGUGGAUUUUCUAUGCAAUGUUCAAAAAUUUUCAUAAUCUGUAUACUCUUCAUUUUAGUAAUGCUUUACUGAAUAAAUACUGACACUUGGUAAUUUUUACUCUUAAUUGUAAGCAGUACCAGAGAAUUUUGUUCUCCCAUGCAGAAAAUCUUUUAUUACAGGCUUCGGAUCAUGUACUGCAAGGCAGAAAAACAUUAUUUUUCACUAUAAUACUGUUAUUUAUGUCAUAAGAAACUUUAUUACUA